AUGCGUUUCCUCGCCCUCUUUGGUAUCCUCUCCACACUCGUGGCUGCCUCGCCCACCCCAGUCCAUGUGCCGCAGGCCAAGAAGACCUGUGUGGUGCCCUUCGCCAACGGUGGUGACGACACUCCGGCCGCUCAAUGGGCCGCCGGCAACUGCUCGAGCAAUGCAGUCAUCGAGUUCGCCGAGGGCAUUGACUACAACAUCCUCACCCCUGUGGCACUCCAGAACCUCACCAAUGUCGAGAUCCGUGUGCGUGGCAACCUCCACUUGCCCACCAACAUGACCGUCGUUAGGGACAUUGUCAGCAUCGACGCUGGCCUCAUGUUGACCGGCAUGAGGUGGUUCUCGUUCGGUGGCACCAACGUCAAGUAUGUCGGAACCAACAAUGUCACCGGCGGCUGGAUCGAGGGCUAUGGCCAGCAGUACUGGGACGCCAACCCCGUCAACGGCAGCGGCAUUGACAACCGCCCCAAGCUCAUCCUUUGGGAGCUGCAGGACUCGUCCAUCCAGUACCUGAAGGUGCGCAAGCCUCCAGCAUGGGUGUCCACGCUGUCGGGAAACAACAUCAAGGUCAGCGACGUCUUCAUUGACGCCUCCACCUACGACGGCGGUGGCUUCCCCUUCAACACGGACGGUUUUGACAUUACCGCCACAAACGUCAACAUCAACCACAUGACCAUCCUGAACGGCGACGACGCCAUCGCCAUCAACAAUGGCGCUGAGAACGUUACUGUCCAGGACGUCUUCAUGGGUGGCCCCGGCUGCCACGGUCUGUCCAUUGGCUCCCUUGGCAAGAACAACUCCGAGUGGCAGUCGGUCAAGAACAUCCACUUCAAGGACGUCACCGCCGUCGGAUCGGUUUACGGCGCCCGCUUCAAGUCGUACUCUGGUGGCCAGGGUCUCGUUGAGAACGUCACCUGGGAGAACUUCCACAUUCAGAACGUCACCUACCCUAUCUUUGUUACCCAGACCUACUACAACCAGGGCUCCACGCAGACCCAGAAUGGUGUCAGUGUCUCCUCUGGCAACUCGUCGCAGGCCGUGAACAUGAAGAACUUUACCUGGAAGAACUGGCGCGGAUCCAUCAACACCUACCAGCCUGGUGACGGUUCGUGCGCCUCCGUCCCAUGCUGGUACGCCCUCGCCGGCGCAGACGGCACCCAGGCCGUCGCCAUGACUUGUGCUACCGACUCGAGCUGCCAAAACUUCAAGAUUGAGGACGUCGAGAUUAUCCCUCAGAGCUACGCUCAGCCCACGGUCAUCUGCACGGGUGUCGGUGCCGACAGCAACCCCGACUUUGGUAUUACUUGUGGCAACGGCACAGCGUUUAUUCCACUCUAG